AUGCUCUCCAUUUGCAGCCGCGGCGGUGGCGCCGUGGCAGCUGGGGAGGAACAGCGCGCGCCCUACGCGCCCCUUUCUCCCUACCCGCGGCCGCAGCAGCUCGGUGCGGCGAUCGAUGCCCUGAUACUGAACCAGCUCAAAGUUGACGAACGCACGCGGCUCGACAUCGCGCAACAGAGUUACAACGCAGGGGAUUUCAGAGCGGCACUUGAACAGAGCAAUGCCAUUUACAGGGAGAACCCCCGGCGCUUGGAGAACCUGCUGCUGCUCGGCGCCGUUUAUUUCCAGCUCCGGGAGUUUGACAUGUGCAUCGCGAAGAACGAGGAGGCUAUUGCAAUCCAGCCCAAUUUUCCGGAGUCCUUCAACAACAUGGCGAAUGCAUGGAGGGAGAAAGGUGAUAUAGAUCGUGCCAUCCAGUGCUAUGAACAUGCAAUUCAGCUCCGGCCCACGUUCGCUGAUGCAUUCUCAAACUUAGCGAAUGCUUAUACUCGAAAAGGAAAUCUCAUCAAGGCAAGCACGUGUUGUCAUCAGGCGCUUGCACUGAAUCCUCGUUUGGUUGAUGCCUAUUGCAACCUUGGUGAUGUGUUGAAAGCACAAGGAUCAUACAGAGAUAGAGCUGCGUAUCUUUGUAAUAAGAAGGAUUACUCUUCCUCUGCAGAAAAUGGCAACAAGGGUUGCAGCCUAAAAGAAUAUGAAGAAAGGGCUGUAUUUUUAGCCACAAAUCCAUCAAAACUUCAAGCUCUUACAAACAGGCUCAAGGCUGUACGGAUGACCUGUCCUUUGUUUGAUACAUCUCGAUGGGUAAGGAAUCUGGAAAGGGCAUAUUUGAGAAUGUGGCAUCUUUAUUGCUCUGGUAGCCGUCCUCAGCAUUUUAAAGUGGUAGAAGACGACACCCAGUUUCCCUUUGAUGGAUAA